UCAUUGUCAGUCUUCUCAUCUCCUGACAAAGUUUUAAGACUUGUGUGAGUACGUACAUCAUAAAGUUUAAUAAACGCGUAAAUUUAAUCAAUAAUAAACUGUGAAAUGUAAACGAUUUAAUUAUUAACAAUUACAUAUUUCUAGCGUUGUUAUUAUUGCAUAGGUAUUCUUUUGAGGAAUAUUUCUUAGUUGCUUAGUAAUUAUGGGCUGCUUUUGGUCUAGACAGGGUUGUGAGCGUUGUGUGCACUGUGACCGCAAAGCAGUAAAUAAUUUAGUGAUCAUCGAUCAUGUUUGUGAGAUUUGUAUCAGUAGAGCAACAGCUACUAGAACUCAUCAUGUUAGAUCAUCGGCUGGCCCAAAAUUUGGAGAAUACCGCUGCAACUCUUGUAGCCGUUACUGGACUAGUCGUCUGUGCUGGCCAGAUAAAUAUCAGAUGUGUAAAUAUUGUAAAAAACCCACACUGCCUUAUCAAUAUAGAGACUUGAACUUUUCUGAUACAGCAGACUCUAGUGACAGUGAGAGGCAAGAACAUGAGAAAAAUCUCUGUCAAAUGUGUCAACAACUGGGGUACUCCUGCAAGAAUUUUGGUAAAAAAAAGAAACCUCAAACUACCCGCAAGUCAAAGACCUGAGCAUCAAAAAUAAGACACACAAAAAAAUGGUGAUGUUUUAGAAUUAUAUAAAUCUCAACCUUAACUAUAUUAAGUAUAGUAAUAUUCAAAAUAUUUUGUAUGAAUUUAUUUUAUAUUUUAUAUGGAAAAUAAAAUGAUGUAUUUGAGUUA